GCACAGCGAACCAAUCAGAAGGCAGAAUGCUGCGACACUCAUAUUUUAAACCUAGCACAAACGGUUGGAAGCGAGCUCGAGACGGUUUACGUUUUGUUCGUUCAGUGUUGGCUUAUUAAAACUGUCUAGUGCAUUGGGAUUAAAUAAUGAGGAAGAGCGAGAUACUCGCCGCAGAGGCUGUUUCAUGCCUGAACAAAGCGCUGUGCCAGCUGAAGGACAUUUGGGAGGAGAUCGGUAUCCCGGAGGACCAGAGACUACAGAGAACCAAUGUUGUCAAAAACCACAUUAAGAACUUGCUGGACAUGAUGAUUAAAGAAGAGGAAUCUCUGAAAGCGAAGCUACUGACCAGCAUUCAAACAUGUAGGCUGGAGAUGGAGAAACUCUGCUUGGAUCUCCAGAUUCCUCUCUUUGAGGAUGAGGAGGGUCUUAGCGUGCUCCAGCAAGAGAAGAACAUCUGCACCCAAGUAGAGGCUCUGGUGAAAGAAAAGACCCGACGAGUGCACCAGUUGAAAGCUUUGCUGGAGCAGGACCAAGACCUGUGUGACAUUUUGUGCUCCAUGCCAUAUGGGAUCCCCCCAGACUGCGUUCCCUCACUGGAACAACUGGAGAACUUCCACCAACACAUUGCCAACCAGAAUGAGGAGAAGGCACAGCGAUAUGCAGAGUUCAUGGAGCUGAAGAAGCAGAUCAUUCUGCACAUGGAGGAACUGGACCGCAUCCCAGAGACCAGCUUUGAGAAGGAUGUUGUCUGUGAAGAUGAGGAAGCGUUCUGUCUUUCCAGAGACAAUAUCACAUCCCUAAAACUGCUUCUCUGUCAGCUGGAGGAACAUAAAGCAGAAAAUGAGGCGACAUGCGAGGCCCUGAGGGAGAAGAUCCAGCAGCUGUGGGACCGACUUCAGACUCCUCAGGUGGAGAGGGAAGCUUUGAACGAACACAUGGUCUCAUGUAGGAAAAGGAACCUGGAGGCGUUACAAGUAGAAGUUGAGCGUUUGGAGGAGCUCAAACUGCGAAACAUUCGCGGGGUCAUAGAUGCCAUUCGCUCUGAGAUCGCUGUGUUUUGGGACAAGUGCUUUUUCAGCAUUGAUCAGCGGCAGGCAUUUGUGCCAUAUUAUUGUGGGGAUUUUAAUGAAGAGCUAUUGGCUCUACAUGAUGCUGAGAUUCAGCGUUUAAAACGGCAUUAUGAGAACCACAAGGGACUUUUUGAAGGUGUCCAAAAAUGGGAAGAAAAUUGGAGACACUUCUUGGAGCUGGAGAAAAAAGCAACCGAUCCAGCAAGGUUCACAAACCGAGGAGGAAAUCUCCUUAAAGAGGAGAAGCAGAGAUCAGAGCUCCAGAAAAACCUUCCAAAGCUUGAAAAGAAGCUAAAAGACCAUAUUGAUGCGUGGGAGGAGGAGCACAGCCAGGAGUUCACGGUGAAUGGUCAGAAGUUCCUGCAGUAUGUGGCACAACAGUGGGAGCUGCACCAAGUGGAGAAAGAAAAAGAGAAACUCGAGAGGCACAUGAAGAAAAGCAAGCAGACCGAGGAGGACAUGCUGUAUGGAACAACUAUAAGAACUCCAACCAAACGCAGAUUCGUUGGCACCCCUACUCCCAAUAAAACACGAAAGUUCAAUGCUACGUCCAGCCUCUCUAGCGCCACCUCUAACAGCACCAUGCGCUCUGCUUACGGAGGAACUGUGUGUCACUCGCCUGCUCCCCGCAUCCCGCUCUCCGCUAACAAGGCUCCAGCAGCACGAACACCGGGUGGCGGUAAGCCCCCCCACCCCAGAGUUCAGUGCUGCAACAAGGAGAACAAGCCCCAGCAGAAGGCGAGUCCCCUUAGUGGUGCGUUGCAGACCCCACAUCAUAACUUCAGCAUAGCCUCUGUUGCCAGCACGUAUUCUGAGUUUGUGCGAGACCUGUCCAAGGCCACUAAGUCCGAGAUACAGCACGACUUCCUGAACUCCACUACAGCCAAUCUGUGACCUCUUUGCUCCGAUGGUAUUACUGUUAUUUUUGUUGCCGAGUCUCCAAGUCAAGGUUUGGAUGUCCGAGUGGGUCACCGCUUUUUACUGCUAUCAGCUUAUCUGGGUAGAUGAAGUCAACAGUAUACUGAGUAUGAAGUUAGUUUUUCACUAGGAAUCUGACAUCGAAUGCUGAUGCUGCAAUCUGUGUUUGAUAUGUCACUGUCAAGGGAAAACUUGUUUUCUAAAAUAAUUGAACACUAUUUUGGGUCUCGGAUUUAGCCCAUUAUUGAGAUGUUGGCUGUCUAUGAUAAAUUGCGCAUGUGUUUUUUUUUUUUCCUCUGUUGACAGCGUGGCUUUCUGAAGUUAUGCAAUUGGUGUUAUAGGCCAAAUGUAUUAUAGUACUCUGCACUUUUAAAUUAAAAAUAUAUAUAUAUUGCAACAUGUGUAUUUUUUACACAGACUAACACUGGUCCUUUCAAAUCAGUUGUUUUUUGUUUUAUUGCGUGUACUUAUUUGUGUAUAUAAGUUGUACCUCCUUUUUAUAGAUCUUUAGGACCAUCAAGACUGUUAUCUUCAUGGUGAAUUUAUUUUUACUAUGAUAGAUUUGGAAAAAAAACUUAUGAAAUAAAAACAGUUUGCUUUUUAACUGUCUGUAUGGGAACACUGUGUUAAAUUUAUGCUUGUCCCUUUUUUUUUUUUUUAAGGUUGCUGUGCAGAUUCUGUUUUAUCUGGGUUUUUACGGAAACCUCUUUCUUGGCUUCAAGAAAAGAUGUUUGAGUUUAUUUUCUCUACCCUUUGAAAACUUGGUCAAAUAAAUCAAACUUUAAUAUUAA